GCUGAGGGAACCGCGGGAUCCUUCGUACCCCAGAGCAGAGCGGCGGCCCCGGCCCCGGCGGGAGAGCGGCGCCCGGCCCGGCCGCUGCGGCCCCGGCAUGUUCAAAAACACGUUCCAGAGUGGGUUCCUCUCCGUGCUGUACAGCAUCGGCAGCAAGCCGCUCCAGAUCUGGGACAAAAAGGUGCGUAAUGGCCACAUCAAGCGGAUCACGGACAACGACAUUCAGUCGCUGGUGCUGGAGAUUGAAGGAACCAAUGUCAGUACCACAUACAUCACAUGUCCUGCUGACCCAAAGAAGACUCUGGGCAUCAAGCUACCUUUCCUAGUGAUGAUCAUCAAGAACCUGAAGAAAUACUUCACUUUUGAAGUGCAGGUGCUAGAUGACAAGAACGUACGCCGGCGUUUCCGUGCAAGUAACUACCAGAGCACAACUCGGGUGAAGCCUUUCAUCUGCACUAUGCCCAUGAGGCUGGAUGAUGGCUGGAACCAAAUCCAGUUCAACCUGUCAGACUUCACACGUCGGGCUUAUGGGACAAAUUACAUUGAGACCCUGAGGGUUCAGAUCCAUGCCAACUGUCGCAUCCGACGGGUCUACUUCUCUGACCGGCUCUACUCAGAGGAUGAGCUUCCAGCUGAGUUCAAGCUUUAUUUGCCUGUCCAGAACAAGGCCAAGCAAUAACACCACAUUGGGAAGAGGUGGAGGAAAUGUUUGGGGUCAGAAGAAAAACAAAUGCUCAUGGAAGUGAAGUGCCUCCAAAGAGGGGAUUCCUCCCAGCAGGAAUAGUGAGGUUAAGUGUGCCCUUUUGAAGAUACCAAUUUUAUUUUUUUCUUUCCUUGUUUUCCGUCUCUUAUUUUAUAUAUGCUCUAAAUAUGGAUGCAAAAUGCAUUCUUGGAAAAUUAUUAAACGUUUGAUUCCGUAAGUCUGCUCCUGA